CUCUCUCUCUCUUUCUCUUUCAGUCUUCCCUUCGCGUUCACGCCGCACGUACCGUUGAGAGUCUCUCCCUUCCCCUGCCGCGGUCUUUCUCUGCCUCUCUACCCCCUCUCCUCUCCUAACCUCGAGCGGAUCGGACGAGUCCAUCGGGCUUGCGAAGGGGAGCUCGGCAGACCUCGGCCCUAGUCGGCCUCGAUCCGCAGAAUGCGUUAGACGCCGCGAGUCGAUCGCUCCGGUUACCGUAUACUCACGACCCGUGAACGUAGCACGUACGUCGCGGCGUUUGCGGGAGCCGUAACGCGUUACUUGUGCAUUGCCGGGAUCCGCGGCGGUCCUUACCGCUGCCAGUUUACGCGUUCGAUUUGGACGCACUCGACCAGCGUAUAUCCGUGCGACGGCCAUGUUUGGUGUUUACGACGUGAGGGGGGAUCGUUGACGUCACGACGAUUCGGACGGCCGAUCUUGCCCGAACGGAGCGACGACUGCACGAACGACGGGACGAACGACAGCAGCACCAGCAACGACAGAAAACGUGUCUAGCGUUGUCGUGUCGUGCUGUACCGGCGGCGGCGCAACCGAUAUACACGACUCGCGCUCGCGCACAACAACGUGAGGAAUCGCAGUAUCGUCGUCGUCCGUCGUCGUCGUCGUCAUCAUCAUCAUUAUUGUCAUCGUCGUAACCGGAGCGCGACACAAUCGAGACGAGAAGAAGGGAGACUUGCCUGUCGUGUCGUCGUCGUCGGUGUGCCGGUGGUACAUAUGGUGUUUCACGAAGUGACGCGCAGACACGGAUUAAUCAGCAGUCCCUGCGGCCGGAAUCUGCAAUACGUGGAUUAAGAAUCGCUCGACGAGGGAACCAUGGAUCUGGGUGACAGGGUCUACGCCGCGGAGCGGAUCACGAAGAAGAGGGAGAAACGGGGUAAGGUCGAGUACUUUGUCAAAUGGAAAGGAUGGAGUAAAAAAUACAACACAUGGGAGCCAGAAGAGAAUAUCUUGGACGUCAGGUUAAUCGAACUGUAUGAAGAAAGUCAAAGAGGCGGAGAUGUAUCCACCAGAAGGCCAAGGCGAAGGGAUACUAGAUAUAGUGAGCAGGCGCUGGCUAAUCUCGUCGUGGAAGAGGAACCUGGCGGGGAUGAAAGGGUGGGCGAAGAUAGCCAGGACGAAUCGACUACGGGUAGUACAUCCGCGCCUCGUUUAAACCCAGUAGCACCCGAUGAAGACACAUUGCCGAGUUCCUUGGAUGGUCAUGAGUCGCCGACGCCGCCGGAGCUGUCAUCGGCAUUUCCCGUCGAUUCCGAGAGUUCCAGCAGUAGCAUGGACAUUCCCUUGUUACCUAGAAGAGAACUCGCGGGUACUAAGAGGAAGGCGGAGGUGCUCAGCAAGGAGUCCGGCAAGAUCGGCGUGACCAUUACCACGAGCAGUCCCAGUAGCGGCAGUGGUAGCCCGCCACCAAACAAGGUUCCUCGGUUAUUGCCUUUGAAAAACAACUCCGCGUCGCCGUCUUAUGGUCACAAGUUCAACGGUAAAAGGCCGUCGUCCUCCAGCGUGAAAUCGACACCAGAGGAGCCGCUACCAGCGCUGCCGACGACACCGGCGCCUGCAGUGCAGGAUAAGAAACGUCCAGAAGCCGACGUACCUCACGGCCCUCCGCCUUCGUUGCCGCGCACACCGUCUGCCCCAUCGUCGCCCCAGAUAGACACGCCUCUGGAGGAGCCGCCGGCGAAGAAGAGGCAUCUGGAGCAGAAGCAGGAGAAGUCGAACGGCGCGGUCGCGGUCGACACGAACGGUCACAAGUCUCCCAGCCCCACAGACUCCUACACCAACAACAACAGGUUAUCCACCGUUGUCAACGGUCACCACAGUCACAACAAUAACAAUAACAACAACAACAACAACAACAAUAACAACAACAAUGCGCCGAGUGUGAAACAAACCGAGAUCCCCAAGUCGGAGACUAUCUACGUGCCACUCUCGAGUCCCGACACGGAUUACUGGCACGCGAGAAAUCCCGUGGCGGAUCAAGUGUUCAUCACGGACGUUACCGUCAAUCUGAAGACCGUUACCAUCAGGGAGUGCAAGACUGAAAAGGGUUUCUUUCGCGAGAGAGAUCCCAAGAACGAUAAUAUCUAUUAACGGUCCUGCUAUCUGGCUAUUCAGUGCGUGAGCGUCGGAGGAGGAGGAGUAGGAGUAGGAGGAGAAGGAGAAGGAGGAGGAAGAAGUGUCGCCUACAACUCUCCAAGUUGUAUCUUGUACCCGUGUAUAUAUAAAUUAUUUUCACACAUCGGUUAUUAAACCGCAUGCUGUAAUCAGCUAAGGAUUAAACUUUAUGAACGGAGGACAAAGUCGCAGUGUCAACGAGGACGGAUAUCGGAUAUCACGUGGAGAUCUGCUACGAAUUAACGGUAAUCUGGAGUGAACGUUGGAGUGAAUCGUUUCCCAUCAAUCGCUGUGAGAAAUCUUUUUUCCAAACUGCAAAUUGAACUGCGGGCUAGGUGUAAAUCAUUUGUAAAGACAUCGGUGAUGACAUGUCGUUGGUACGGCGAAUUUACUAUCGACCCACGCGUCGUAUCGCGAUAUAUAUAUUGUAUAUUUUAAAAAUGCUUGAUAGAUUUUAACACCGCUGAAGAUCUGGAAACUUGUUAGGGGAUACUACAUCUUUUAGUUAAUUUUAUUGUUUGCUUGUAUUAGGGAACUUCGCUAAGGAAAUGCUAUAAAUAAAAUUGUUCAACUUUCGUUUUUACCACGAGAUAUAUACAUAUACGAGAUAUUACGAGAUAUAUACUUAGAAAAAGAACAAAAAGUAUUUUUCUAAUUCGUUUUUAGAAUAUCGAAACUGCUUGGCUAAAGCAAUUCGCGGAGAAAUAUUCCGAGUUUUCUGGGGAGAAAGAUAAAAGGGAGGAGAUAGUUUCCAAACAUUACGAUGUCGUACUCUAUCGAUAAAAUCUUAUUCACCGAAGGAUGAGAUGUCGCGAAAAGAAAAACGAGUGCAUGUACUCGUAUACUCGAAGAAUUUGACAGUAUUUUUAAUAAUUUGCAACGUGUCUCUUCGGUUCUCGAUUUCGUUAUGAGAAGCUAAUCGACACGAUAUCGUUUGCCGAGAAAUGCAUUUCCGCGUCGUCGAAUAUUUCGUUCAAAGGUGUUUACAACUUACACGGAAAGCUUUCUUACCUCGAAUAUAAUCGAGUAUUUUCUAUUUAGUGUAGGAGACAAUUGCGCAAAUCAGUCCCACGACAGUCUCGUGAACGUUUGGACGCACUAAUGCGCACUAGUAUAGACGGUUGUAUAUUGGCUGAUUUGAGUGUACAGAAUGCCUUCAUUCGCCUCGAUAUUAUAUAACUUGUUAAAUUUUACCCUUGUAUUUAACUUUCUUCAAAGAUUUACUGCUAUCGUACCAUCGAGCACUAUUCAGAGACACAUUCUUCGAACAUCACACAUUCGAUAGAAAAUUGUGUAAACUGUAGAUGAAGAAGAUUAUUGACGACGGCCGUUGUGAAAAGUUUAAUACGCCAAUAAAAUGUAGAUAUAAAACUUUGAUUAAUAAGAUGUUGAAUAUACGUUUUAUAUUAAACAAUACGACGGCAUAAAUAAGUAUCUCGCUAAUCGAAAUUACAUGUGUUUCGUAUAUUUGCGUGGGACAACUUUUAGUGCAGUGCGCAGUAGUGCAUUCAACCGCGCAAAUGCAUCGCGUUUUUUUUUUUUUUUUAGUAAAUCCAUCUUAUUUAUAUAUUUUAAUCGCGGAACACCGCCGAAUUUUCGUAGGUCGUAGGUGACGAAGGAACGUCCCGAAGCACGAAUUCGGUACAAAAGCCAAAUUUUAAAUACGUAUUUGAAGCUUACACGCUGCUCCCUCAGAUGUAAUCAAUUUUUAGUGAUGCUGCAACACUCUGUGCAUUUCGCGCGCUCUUUUUCAGUAAAAUCCUGAAAUGAAUCCAUAUUAUAUAGAAUUAAAUUUAUAUAUGUAUGUUGCUUAUUUAUUAUGAUUAAUACAAAAAUUUUUAGAUUUUUACGCUCUUAGUAUAGUCGUAAUUAGACUGCGUAUGUGGAUGUGUCCCAUCUGAAAAUUGCGAUUUUGGUAUUCGAAAUCACGUUAUACAAUAUCUUGCGUUAGCAUAAAAUCAGUAGUUUUUCCCCUCCAAUGUAUAUCCGAUGAAUUUGCACACAGGAGUCUCGUAAAAUCAGACAAGUUUUGUGAUUGAGCAUUGGAUAGGGGUGGGAUCAAGUGUACUCAAAAUAAUGUCAAUAUUAUCUGCAGCAUUUUCAGACCUUUUACUUUAAAAUACAAAAAAAUUAAUGUAUCUUAUAUAUGCAUACAGUAACAAUGUUUUACAAUUCGCUGCUGUAACUUUAAUUAUACUACUUUAACUUUUUAAAUGACUCGUGUUCGAGUACAGAAUGUCGUACAGAAACCGGCCCUCCAUCAUCUUAUAAUAUUGAUCUUCCUACUUUGAGCCUUCUGAUUUAAAUGUUACUGUUCGAAAUUGUUACCUCAACAUUUUCUCAGCAGGAUUCUCACCUUUAUUUGCAAUAAGAAAAUGUAUCAAAGUUACGGUCGCAAAAUGUAUGUGUAUGUAUAUUGAUGUUAUCGAGUAAAAGGACAUAAAAAAUGCUAUUAUGUUCACCAUAUCUCAUAAAGUUUCGUUUAUAUUUCGUAUCAAUAUUAUUGGGUGUGUACUUCAUUUUAUAUUUGAUUACAGUUAGUUCUUUACAAGUACCUGAAAUGUGAUGGUAUGUCUACGUAUGUGUGCGCUCGCGUGUGUGUAUGAAUCCAUUAUUUUUAAACCAUCUGAUUUCAGUGAAAUGUUAUGCAAUUAAUUGAAACUUACGAGUACAUAAUUAAACUUGGUCCCAUCCUUGAUGAUGAAGAAACGGGAUUUUCUCCAAAGCGGGGCCAUUUGUGUACGACUAAAUCUAGAUUUUGUUGUAAUCAUCGAGGCGAAGGAGAACGAAACAACAUUUAAAUUGUAAUAAUGUACCGCUGUAUAUUGAGAGUGUCUUGUAAAAAUUGUAAAUAGCCGGAUGGAACACUUUACGCUUCGCUCGAUAGACGGGCGGAGCGCGCGAGAACGGCUCGUAGGGUAUACAAAUCUUUGAGUUAUCACUUGUACAUAGAUAAAAAGAAGCGGAAAUCCUCUCCCAACUCGCCCCCUCUAUUACCCAUGAAAUUAAAAAAAUACAGGUCUAUUUAGAGAGGGAGAAUCCUUUUCUCUUAGCUUUAGAACUUUCAAGAUAGACUGUGCGCGUACCUUCGAAUAUUGUUUCUGUACUUAUAAAUAUUCAGACUACUUAUACAAUAAAAAAAAGAGAAGCGCGAUAAGUGACUACGCAGGCAUAUACGAUACGUGAACCCCGGUAGUAUCAAAUUCAACGGUAAUUUUAGUUCUGUCUGGUACAGAUUCCUUGUUUCAAUAAAAUUUACUUCAAGUCA